AUGUACAUCGACGCUAACUAUGGUAGUGACAUCGCGGCACGUCGCUAUACGACUAGUGGCUUGGUCUUACUGGGCGGUUUGCCCAUUAUUCACAAGUCUAAGAAUCACGGUGAACGUCACACGCUAGCUGCUAUGGUGAUGACACGUUGCGUCAGACACCAGUCGCAUGCCAAAUACACUAACUUUGCCCAGGAUGAGGCCAAGUGUGGCGAUGUGGAUCGUGCUGAUAUGAAGAAUUAA